AUGGCAAUAAGACAUGAUUUUAAUAAAACAAUUAGAAGGAUAGCCCAGUUUUUUUAUUGGUUCCCAAAAUCACUGGGCAGCCCAAGAAGGAGACAUUUUAAACUUCUCUGGAAAACUUCUGAUUGUAAAUGCACAUGUGAUUCUCACUGCCGAGACUUAGUACACCUGGACUGUCAGCAAAAUGGAAAACUGAUGGAUUGCAGCUCUGCAUGUGACAAUUCAGUUGAUGCUGAUAAUGGAACGGUCGAUGUUCAGAAGGAGAGAGAAAUUCAUAAUUACCUCACCAAGGAAGCAAUCAAGGAAAAAGUCCAAAUAUACAAUUCAGAUGUUACUGACAAGCUAAAGAUGACUCUGAACUCAAGCGGAAUAUACACUGGCUUCAUCAAAGUUCAGAUGGAACUUUGCAGACCUAUCACUCUUCGGGCUUCUGUGAAUGUAGGGAAGCAUCUCAACAGCAAUGAGACAGCUUUUUAUUUGCCGAAGGGCUAUAUGAACACUCUUCAUAUCAGCAGUACUAACACAGUCCGUGAAGUUAUUGAGGCCUUGCUCAAAAAGUUUCUGUUGGCUGAUAAUCCUGCCAAGUUUGCACUUUAUAAACAAUGUCACAAGGAAGAUCAAGUUUAUAUGUGCAAGCUCUCAGAAACAGAACAUCCUCUCUAUUUGCGGUUGGUGGCUGGCCCAAGAACAGAUACGCUGAAUUUUGUUUUGCGUGAGCAUGAAACUGGAGAGGUUUUGUGGGAAGCCUUUAGCCUUCCUGAACUACAGAACUUCUUGCGUAUCCUGGACAAAGAAGAAGACGAGCAACUACAGACCUUAAAAAGACGCUAUGGAGUGUACAGAGAAAAACUUGAAGAAGCUCUUGGUGGAGUUUGGAUUCCAAGUUAAAAAGGGGCCAAAGAAUACUCAGGGAAAACAGUAUGUUACUUAAUUUUAAGUAACAUUCUAGACUCAGUACCCAAAGCAAAAUGACUUCAACAAAGACUAAUUUGUUACCAUAAAGUCAGUUCUGUAAAUUGAUAUGCAUGUAGGGGCAAAGAGAAAUUGCAAUAUUUGAAGGCUUCUGUUGUAUGCCAAAUCUUGGUUCCCCCCCCCCCUGCCCGUUAUGACUGUCAGACAGGUCUGUUUUCAGAGGCAGUAUGAAAUGAAGCUUUUCUCCUUUAAUGUUAAAACAAAGGGGGUGCAAAUUUUAAUAAUUUUAAUAUGCUACUCAGACUCAGUUUUGAAUGAGUAUACUGUUUGAUAGCAGGAUUGAUUUGCACUGCCUUCAAAUAUUUCUUUGUAAUUUUGCAAAUUAAAUUAUUUUUAUGCAUGGAAGAGAAAUGUGGUCCAAAUGCUGGGUUAAAGAUAUUCAAGCAAAUGGAACUAUAGAAGGUAGAAUGGAGGUUGGAAUGAAGGUAAGAGAUGGAGAAAAGAAAUGAGUGUUGAAAAAAAACUGAAAAGGGAUUGUUCUGCAAGUUGGUUAAUGCAAUGAAAAAUAAAGUUGAGGGAUUUUGCUGAUUAUUACUGAAAUUAAUAUAUUCAGUGCUAUUAUUGAAAGAGGGUUUAUUAAAUAUAAUAGAAAAUAAGCUGCAUGUGUUUGAUGUGAAGCACAUGGUCACAAACAUGUAUUUUGGGAUAUCCUCAAAUAUUGUUGAGAUUUUUAUAAAUCUAAAAUCAACAUUAAAGAGUUAAUUUGAAAUUCUUAUAAUUUAUUGAAUAUCCAAAUGUCCAUUUGAAUUAUUUUGAAUAUACAUUUACAUCUCUGAAAAAGAGAUAAAAUUUAUCUUCAUGGCAAUAUUUUAAAUAUGAAACAAACUUCAAUUUGAAGCAGACUGGUGUUUUUACAUAUACUCGUGGCACUGUGAACAACUUGAGCAAUCUGUGGUUUUAAUUUCUAUUCUGAAAAGUCAACUAAAAGUUGACUAGGGUUUUAAGUGCAAGAUAUUUGAGAGGGGGGAAAUUGUGCAUUUGAUUAGCAGUAUUUUUUCCCAAAAUAGUUUAUCUAAGGUAUGUAUAGUGAACAAAACCAAAGAAAUGGGUGUGCAAUAGAAACAUUUACAUAAAUCUACAGUAUAUCAAAGGUUAUUUUAGGUUGUAUAUUUGCAGGCAUCAACCAGAAUAUAUUGGCUUGGGAUAAAUUUAAUUUCCAUAAUUUAAAAGAAUCAUGUUGGCCAACCUUUUUUUAAAUAAAUUUUUUUGAAAAAAAUUGGGAAAUUUUUUUAAAAUAAAAAUAGGAAGCGGAAGGAGUAUUAGGUAUGUUCCCCACCUUGAGUUAUUUAUAAAAAUAAUAAAGUGGGAUAAAAAAAAUCUUUUAAAAAUAAUUAUUAUUUGGACAUCUACUUUGAAAGUUAUGAGGAAUAUCUUUAGUCAUGGUGACAUCUGGUGGAUAUUGUAGGCAACACCAAUAUAUUAUUAAAAAGUGCCUUCAUGUUAAUCUUUGGCUGCUUUUAUCAAAAUAAGGCAUUCUGACUUUCAAACUUACAGAGACAAUCUUUAUUACAAUAGAAUAUUAACUAAUGCUACUUUAAAAUUCAUGGUUAACAAAUAAUGACAUACCUUACUUUGUUUUCUGUUCACGCUUAAUUGUAGUACUUUGUAUUUGUCUUUUAUUUCAUUGGAGACAUAAUCAAAGUCACAUAGAAUAGUGGUGCUUGACUUCAACUAUAUUUUUUUUCCCUGAAGAUACUAAGUCAGAUCAGUGGAUCAGUUUGGAUAUUACUGAUCUCCUAAUAGAAGCAGUGACAUCUUAAUGCUGUUUUACUGUAUAUUUUAUCUUAAUGUGUGCACAAUAUGCAUCCUGGGUUCCACUAUAGUUUCUACCUGGUUGGUAUAACUUGCACACAAAUGACCAAUAUGCAAACAUUGCUUCUACAUAAAGCAUCACCAAAGAAGAGGGCAUUUUCACUAGAACAGAGUAAACACUUUCUAAGCUAAAACAAGAAGGAAUGCAGGGGAGAUUGUUUCAGUUCCCCAUUCAGUGUUCUGUUCUUGCCACUGAAUAUUUGUUCACUCUCCCCGUGUUCAAGAUAUAAUUCCUUUUCCUUCCUUUUCUGGGCAGAAAUCUAGCUUCCUUGUUUACUCUUUUAGCAUAAAUCCAAAGCCACAUCAGAAUGCAGGUAAGAGCAAUAUUUCCUACCAUGUUCUUUUGUGGCCUGAAUAGAUGCUAUCAGGAUGAAGAUAGGAAGAAAGCAGUGUUGCUUGUCUGAAAGGGAACAAACUGUGAAAGUAAUAUUGCCCAUUAUGUUAGAACUUUAGAAAAGUGAACAUCACAGUAGUAAAGGAAGUCUUGCUUUUUUAUGCACGUACAUAGACAUCCUUGCCAAAAUAGACAACAUGAUUUGGGAAAGGGGGCAUUUUUUCCUUUUUGACUUUUUCCUCAGCCUGCUUAUUGGAGCAGUUAAACUGUAAACCAGUGGUAAGAGUCAUUUAACUGUAUUAAGGUAAAGCAUUUAAUGUUUGGAUUUUUAAACAUAUGUUGCUAAGUUUGAAAUACUGUUUUUGAGUAUUGAAUGGCAAUUUACCAAUAUGUGAAUUAUAAUUUUAACUUGAACUUUGUGCUUUCUUACUCUUUUUCAAUGUGUUUUAUGCACUACAGGUUUGAGUAAGAAAAUCAGUUUGUAUUAAUCCAGACGUUCUUUUACUUGAGUUACUGCAAUUUUUAAUUAUAAAGAGACUCAAUGUUUGAUUAUUUUUAAUGUAGGAUUCAAUUUUAUUUUAGUGUAACAUUCUUAAUCUUCAAAGAAAGAUGUUACAGAUGUUAUGUUUUGAUUAUUUGAUAAUGAAGAAUAGGUUGGAGGGGAAGAUGGAAAACACUAAAAUUGUUAUUUUUUGAGAAACUGUAUUAUUUAUUAUUUUGAAGGUUUUUUUUAUAGGGAACCUUAAUUCCCUUCGAUGUAACCAAAAUACUGUAGCAAGUUUUCCAUAAUUAAAGCUGGAGUUGGCACUGUA